UUCAAAGGAAGAAGAAGAUACUCUCUUAGAAAGUUUUAAUCAUGGGCCUGGCAGUAUGCUCUUCUCAAGUCUCCCAACAACUCUAGAAGAGAGGGACUGUAGGCAUCUUUGAAGCACUGCCAACAUGUCUGAUGUUCAAGAAGCCACUAAGCAGCUCUUGGAUGUGAACCUUCAUGAGAACUGGAGGGCUAUACAAGUGACAGAAAGUGGUCCCAGAAGUGAGUCUGAGCACCUCCAAGUCACUAUUGGAGCCACUGUACCUACUGGUUUUGAGCAAACAGCUGCAGAUGAAGUGAGAGAGAAAUUGGGGUCAUCAUGCAAAAUCAGCAAAGACCGGGGCAAGAUAUAUUUUGACAUUUCAGUGGAAAGUCUGGCUCAGGUUCAUUGUCUGAGAUCAGUUGAUAACUUAUUUGUGGUUGUUAAGGAGUUUAAAGAUUACCAGUUCAAAGAAACAAAGGAAGAAGUUCUCAAGGAUUUUGAAGAACUGGCUGGGAAGCUUCCAUGGUCAGACCCUUUAAAAGUAUGGAAAAUUAACACCAGUUUCAAGAAAAAAAAAACAAAGCGCAAAAAGAUAAAUCAGAAUUCAGGUAGAGAAAAGAUUGAUAAUGGACAAGGAGACAAAACAGAUGAGAAAGAGGAUAAAAAAGGAUUCACUAAUAAUACCUUAGAUUCCCAUAUCUUAGACUAUUAUGAAAAUCCAGCCAUCAAAGAAGAGAUAUCAACAUUAGUAGGUGAUGAUUUGGCAUCUUCCAAAGACGAGAAGGAUGAAAAAGAAGAAACUCAUCCUAAAGUGCUGAAGUUUAGAGUCACAUGCAACCGGGCUGGAGAGAAACAUUGCUUUUCCUCAAAUGAGGCUGCAAGAGAUUUUGGGGGUGCUGUUCAAGAUUACUUUAAGUGGAAGGCUGACAUGACCAACUUUGAUGUGGAGGUUCUUUUGAACAUCCAUGAUAAUGAAAUUGUUGUGGGCAUUGCAUUGACAGAAGAGAGUCUCCACCGAAGAAAUAUCACACAUUUUGGACCUACAACUCUUAGAUCUACUCUUGCCUAUGGGAUGCUUAGUCUUUGCUUCCUCUUUCACUCUACUCAUCCAUGGAGUUACAGUUCAGCACAAUUGGAACCUAUCCAUACAAUGACAGCAUUAUGGCUCUGUGCUCCUCAACCUACUGAUAUAAUAGUUGAUCCGAUGUGUGGAACGGGAGCAAUACCAAUAGAGGGGGCUACUGAAUGGUCUAACUGUUAUCAUAUUGCUGGUGAUAAUAAUCCGUUGGCUGUGAAUAGAGCAGCAAAUAACAUCUCAUCUUUAUUGACCAAGAGCCAAAUUAAAGAAGGCAAAGUGUCCUGGAGCUUGCCCAUAGACGCUGUUCAGUGGGAUAUCUGCAAUCUGCCAUUGAGAACUGGCUCUGUGGACAUUAUCGUGACAGACAUGCCAUUUGGAAAAAGGAUGGGCUCCAAGAAGAGGAACUGGAACCUUUAUCCAGCUUGCCUACGGGAGAUAAGCCGUGUCUGUAAACCAGGGACAGGCCGAGCUGCACUACUUACUCAGGACAAGAAAUGCUUUACCAAGGCAUUAUCUGGAAUGGGACAUGUUUGGCGGAAGGUACAUACUGUCUGGGUGAACAUAGGGGGUCUUCAUGCAGCAGUUUAUCUUCUGAAACGUACACCUCAAGCUUUUGUUCAUCCUUCAGAACAAGAUGGGGAAAGAACUCCUUGGUGAUGCAAAGAAUGAAAAUGGUUAAUGGUAUUUGUGCCUCCCAACACUGGGAAUGUCAGCAUGAAGAACUUGGUUUGAAAGAAAAAUAGUGUUAAUAAAAUUGCAGUUUGCAGUUUAAA